AUGGGAGCCCCCCGCCACCCGAGAGCCGGUCCCCUCCUCCUGCUGGCGGCCGCACUGCUCCUCCAAGGAGCCAUGGCCCUGGAGUGCCACAGCUGUGUGGAGCGCAGCGACGGCGGCUGCAGCCCGGAGAAGAUGAAGACGAUCUCGUGUCCAGCCAACGCCCAAGUGUGCGUGGAAACCGUGGCGGCCGUGAAAUGGAGCCACGGGCAGUUCCUGGUGGGCGAGAAGGGCUGCGGCCUGGGCAGAACGGGCACCAACGACAAGGGCGUGGACCUGCACGGCAUCUUAGCCUUCUCCCAGGUGCGCAACUGUAACAGCAGCCGCUGCAACUCCCAGCUGGACAUCCGGGCCAUGGCACUGCAGCCGAUGAGUAACGAGAGCGCCCGGGUGCCCAACGGGCUGGAGUGCUACAGCUGCCAAGGCAACGAGGCCUGCUCCCCCGGCAACGCCACGGUGGUGAAAUGCUACGACGGGUACCAGGGCUGUUUCCACGGCAACGUCACCAUGAAAGUCGGCAACUUCUCACUGAGCCGCCCCAUCAAGGGCUGCGUGCAGAACAAGGACUGCACCAAGGAGGCAAGGGGCAGCAUUGCCGUCAACCUGGUGGGCUCCUGCUGCUCCGGCCACCUCUGCAACAGGGACUUGACCAACAAGACGUUCUUCGCCCCCAACAUCCCCCGGCUGGAGGUCAUGCCCGGCCAAGGGGCCAACGCCACGGGCGCCAACGCCACGGCCAAUGCCACCGCCACGGUCACCGCCACCGCCACGCUCGCCGCCGCCGCCACGGUCACUGCCGCUCCCACGCCCCUGCCUCCGGACCACGAGGACCAUGACGACCACGAGGACCAUGACGACCACGAGGACCUCAUCCGGGAUGACCGCCACAUCACCACGGAGGGCGAGCGGCGGAACAACCCGGGCGUCAAGCUGCCGAGCGGCGGGAAGGGGGGCGCGGCGGGGCUGAGCGCCUCGGCCUGGCUGGUCUUGCUCGGGUCCACCUUGCUCCUGUGA